AUGAAUCAACAAUAUCUGCAAGUUCCUUUGUCUUAAAGUAGAUAAUCAAUGACUUAUGAAAAGUAUUAAACUACUUCAGGAAUAGUUGUAAACACUGAUAAGUAAAUUUAUAUUCAUAAUUUAGACGAAUAGGUGAUAAUAAUUAGAGUGGCAGAAAAAGUACUCUUUUUGAAGAUAAGUAUAUAAUUAUUGAAUAUGUAGACGAUAUGAGGAAUUACUACAAGAUAAUAGAAAAUUAAAAGAAGUGAUAGAGCAAUUGGAUAAGGAUAAUUAGCAAUUAAAAUAGAUGUCAGGGGAGAGCUAUAAUCUAAAAUAGAAAUAUAUGAUUACAUAAGCAGAAUUAGAGGCUGCAUAAUAGGAAUUAGCUAAAUUGAGAUCUCAACUCUUGAUGAGAAAUUCUUAAGAUGCAGAAUAAUCAACUCUUGUAACUAGAUACAAACAAGAUGUAUCUACAUUGACUCAGCAACAGAUAAAAUAUGAACAAGGUAAAAUUCUAAUUAAUUUUCAAGAAAUAUCACAGUUAAAUGCUUUGUUAGAAUAAUAAAGGAAACAAGUAGAAGAAUUCUUAAGAUUAAAAAGUAAAUAUGAAUAGGAUAUCUAAACAUAUAGAAGUAGGGCUUAGAAUUUAGAGAUGGAAAUUAGACAAGUCAAAGAAUAAAGGAACUCUACAACUUAAAAUGAAAUUAUUAGAUUGACUUAGGAAAUUGCAAGAUAUUAAUCUGAAUUUCAGGUUAGAUCAUCAGAUAAAGAAUUAUAUGAAAGAACAAUAUAAACAUUAAAUGAUAAAAUUAAAGAGAUGGAUAAUGACAUAUAGAUAUUGAUAGAAGCACAUACUUAGAAUUAAUACAAAUUAGAAUCUGCUAUGGCUGAAUCGAAGAGUAAUAUGUAGUAUCAAAUUGAUUAAUUAAAACAAGAGAUGAAUUUCUAUUAAACAUAAUGUAGAUAAUGGUAGGAGAAAUGUUAAACAGCUGAAAUGCAAAAAGAAGAAAGUGAAAGAAGAAUCAUUUAGAUGGAAAUUAGAAUUAAUGAAACAAAAAAAUAAAUUGAAUAAUAAUAAAAUGAUAAAGUAUAAAGAGAAAGUUAUUAAAUUCAUACUAUUUAAAAUGAAUUAGAAAGUUGGAAAUAAAAAUAUAUUUCAUUAGAAAUUAAAAUGAAGGAUUAUGAUAAUUAUAGAAUGAAAAUAAUACAAUUAGAAGAAUAAUCAAAUUAUUAUAAAAAUGAAAAUGAUUAAAUGAAAGAAGAAUUAGAAAUCUUGAUAGCAGAAAUUAAAUAGUUAUAAGAAUAAAAUAAUGGAUAUCGUUUGAGUAUUACUCAAUUAGAAAAUUAAACAAGAAAUAGUUUAGAAAAUGAUAGAUAUAAAACUUAGAUUAGGAAUUUAGAAAAUACUAUUAAUCAAUUAAAUCAAUAAAUAAAUGCAUAUAAAAUAGAAACUAAAGAACUUGAAUAAUAGGUUAUGUAUCAUUAAAACAAGAAUACAAAUGUUGAUUAUUAGGUAAGAGAAAAAGAUGAAACUAUUUCAAAACUUUAAUAUAAAUUAAAUAAUAUGGAAAAAGAACUUAGGAUUAUUUUUGAGGAAUAAUUAAAAAUAGAAAAAUAAGAUUGGGAUAGAUAAAAAUAAUAAUAAAUAGAUGAUCAAUUAUAAAAGAUAACCAAAAGAUAUGAAUCUGAAAUCUUAACUUUGAGGUAACAUUUUUCCUCUUUAGAAAUAGAGAAUCAAUCAUUAACAAAAUAAUAUGAAAGAUUAAAAAAAGAAGGAGAAAUGAGUUUUUAAAGAUAAUCAGAAAAAGAAAAAAGUAGAAUUAUUGAACUUGAAAGAUAGAUUAUUUAAUUAGAAAAUUAAUUAUCUUUAUAAAAAAAAGAUUUUUAAUUGAAAAUUGAGGAAGUUAAUUAAUAAUCCAACUUGAAGGAGUAUUAUGAAGUUUAAAUUAAAUAAAUAAAUGAUAAAUUAUAAAGAGAAUAAAAUUAAGUUAAAUAAUUGAAUGAUUAAUUAUUAAUUGAAUAAAAAAAGACUUUAGAUAUAGAAACAAAAUACUCUAGAGAAAUACGAGAUAUUAAAUUAUCAUAAGAAAAAAGAAUUGAAAUUCAAUAAACUACAUAAUUUUAAUUUGAAUUAGAGAAUCAUCAAAAAGAUAUGGAAAAAUUGAGAAGAGAAUAUAGAUAGAUUGAAUAAGAAUAUUAAGAGAUGGAAGUUUAAGUAAAGUUAUGGAAAGAAAAGUUCUAUGAUGAAUAACAAAAACAUUAAGAAAUUAGAUAAUAAUUGAUUGAAAUAAGAUCUUAAUAUGAAUCUCAUACAAUUAUAAAUACACAAUCAGACUAUGAUAAAUAAAGAAUUUAAGAACUUGAAAUGAAUUUAAUUUAAUUAUAAGAAUAGAUAAGAGUAUUUUAAAUUAGAGAAGAAAAAUAUAAAGAAUAAAUUACAACAUAUUCUAUGUCAAUAGAAAAACAAAAAUCUAAUUUAGAUGAAUUGAAGAGAAUCAAAUAAUUAGAAUAUGAAAUUGAAUCCUUAAAGAUUUAAUGUAGAGAUUUAGAAAGAUAAUUACAGGAUAAAUAAAUGGAAUAUGAGAAAUUACUUAAAAGAAAAUAAGAAGUUAAACUUGAAACUAUUGAAGUUUCAUCAUCAUAAGAUAAAUUAAAAAUUUAAGAAUUAGAAUCCUAAAUUCAAUUAUUAAAAUUGUAAUUAUAAUAGUUACAUAAUUCUAAGUAAGAAGUUAUAAGAGAGACAAUAAGAGAAACAGUACAAGUAAGAAGUUAAGAAGACAUAAAAAUGAUUGCAUAAUUAGAGGAGGAAUUACAAUUAUGGAAGACAAAAUAUUAUGAAUUAGAUAGAAGAAAGAAUUAGGUAGUAGUUGAAACUAUCAGAGAAGUUUAAUCAUUAGAGAGUGAUAAAUAAAGAAUAUAAGAAUUAGAAAUAUAACUUUAAUAAUUAAAUUUAAAAAAAUAAGAAGUUAUUAGAGAAUAUGUAACAGAAACUAUUGAAGUUCCAUCAGAAUCUGAUAAAUUAAAAAUACGACAAUUAGAAAUUUAAUUAAGUAAUAUUCAAAGGGAUUAUCAAUUGUUAAGUCAAAAAAAAUAAGAGGUUAUUAAAGAAACAAUUACAGUAGAAGUUCCAAAUUAAGCAGAUAAACAUAGAAUUUAAUAAUUAGAAUCACAAUUAUCCUAAUUAAAAUAAGAAUUACAAGUUGUUACUCUCAAAAAAUAAGAAGUGAUAAAAGAAAUAGUGACAGAAAGGAUUGAAGUUCCUAUGGAAUAAGAUAGAUUAAGAAUUAAUUAAUUAUAAGAAUAAGUGUAAAGAUUAUAGAGAGAUUAUUAAUUAUUAAAUCAAAAGAAAUAAGAGGUUAUAAAGGAAACAGUCACUGUAGAGGUUUCAUCUUAAGCUGAUAAAUUGAGGAUUUAGUAAUUAGAAUCUUAAUUAUAAUAAUUAAGAACUGAGUUAUAAAUAAUAACAUAAAAAAAAUAAGAAGUGAUAAGAGAAGUAAUUACUGAAAGAGUAGAAGUAUCUUCUGAAGCUGAUAAAUUUAGAAUUAGAUAAUUAGAAUAAUAAAUAGAAAGUUUAAAUAAGAAUUAUGAAAUACUAAAUAAAAAAAAGCAAGAAGUAAUAACAGAGAAAAUUACAGUUGAAGUUCCUUCUUAGGCUGAUAAAUUGAAGAUUUAAUAAUUAGAAACAUUAGUUGGAUAAUUAAGAUAAGAACUUUAAAUUGUUAGCUCAAAGAAAUAAGAAGUUAUAAGGGAAGUUGUAACAGAAACUAUUGAGGUUCCUUCUUAAGUAGAUAAAUUUAGAAUUUAACAAUUAGAAUAGCAAUUAAAUAAUGUUAGAUUAGAAUUAUAAAUUGUAUCACAGAAAAAAUAAGAAGUUAUUAGAGAAGUAGUGACAGAAAGAGUAGAAGUUAGUAGAGAGUCUGAUAGAAAAAGAAUUUUAGAAUUAGAGUAGGAUUUAUAUAAAUUGUAAUAAGAUUAUAUAAAUUUGAAUAAAAUAAAAUCUGAGGUUGUAAAGGAGACUGUUACAAUAGAAGUACCUUCAUCAGCAGAUAAAUUUAGAAUUUAAUAAUUAGAAUCUUAAUUAUUUUAAAUUAAGAGUGAGUUACAAAUUGUUUAAGCUAAAAAGUAAGAAGUCAUUAGAGAGACAGUAACAGAAAGAAUAGAAGUAUCUUCAGAAUAGGAUAAAAUGAGAAUUAGAUAAUUAGAAUAAUAAUUAAAUUAAUUGUAAUAAGAUUAUUACACUUUGAAUUAGAAAAAGUAAGAAAAAAUAAAAGAAACAAUUACAGUUGAAGUGCCAUCUGAGACUGAUAAAUAUAGAAUAAGAUAACUUGAAUAGCAAAUAUCAUCCUUAAAAGAAGAUUUAAAUGUAAUUCAAGUUGAAAAUUAGAAUAUGAAAAUUCAAAUCAAAAGUCUUUAAACUACAAAUUAUGAAUACUAAGAUCAAGUGAGAAUAUAUUAAUCAAAAUUAGAAGAAAACUAAAAGUAAAGAUCUGUUGUUAUUUAAUUUGAGAGGAAAGAAUAAGAACUUUUGGAAUAAAUAUAGAAUUUAGAGACUUAAAAAGGGAGAGAAAUCAAAGAAUUAAAAAAUUAAAUGGAAUUUCUAUAGAAAGAGAAUUAAAAAAUAAAUGAUAUGAUGAGAAUUAAAAUAGAGGAGAGUGAAUAAUGGAAAAGAAAAUAUUUAACUGUUUAAAGUGAAAUGUCUACAAAUUCUAGUGAAGCUGAAUCUUUGAGAAUGUAAUUGAAAUCAUUAGAAUAAAGUAGAGAAACAAUUAAAUUAGAAUUAGAUAAAGUAAAUAAAAUGUACUUUUAAAGUUAAAAUGAAUAUACUUAAUAUAAAUCAAAAUGUAAUGAACUUGAAUUAAGAAUCAAAUAAAUUAGUAGAGAGAAUUAGGAAUAUUAAGAGAGAUAUUAAUAAAUUGAUUUUGAAAAAAUUAAUAGAUUAGAAUAAGAAAAUAGAAGAAAAACAGACACUAUUUAAUAAUUAGAAUUAUAAUUGAGAAAUCAAGUGUCUAUCAAAGAUCUUUAAAAUUAAUUAUCUAAUAAAGAUAAAUAAAUAUUUUAAUUACAGGAAAAUAUUUCAGAAUUACAAGCUACAAUUAGAACUUUGAGAAUAGAAAAUUAGACAAUUUGUGAAUAAAACAAUAAAUAAUAAGUUAUUGUUAGAGAAACAUAAAAGUAAUUUAAUUUAUAUUAAUUUAUAGUAAUCAAAAAAUUGUGGAAUUAGAAACCAGAAUAUAGGGUCUUAAUUAAGAGAUAUAGAGAUAAAUAUAAAUGAAAGAUUAAAUUUAAAUAAAACAUGAUAAAUUGAUUGAGAGAGUAAUUUACAAUUAAUUAUAUAGGCUACUGAAUAUGAAUCAGAAAUUAAUAUUCUAAGAAAUGAAUUACAAAAGAAAAGAUUUAGUUCUACAAAUAAUGGACCUAUUGUUUCAAAAACAUUUGAAAUUCAUAAAAUAGGAGAAGUUGUAAAUAAUGGUACAGGAUUGGUUUCAGGAUUUAAUUUAGAAGAUACUAGAAAAAUAAAAUCAAUAGUUAGUACACAAUAAUAUAAAUCUGAAAUAUCAAAUUCAGCAUCCAAUAUUAAAGAAUCCUAGUAGUCUAUGAAAUCUAAUUCAUAAGUAUAACCAUUUAAUCCUUUAAGAAGCGAUGUAUAUAUAAUAUAUAAUCAUAGUUAAUUAAGUCAAAGGCAUAAUUGAAUAGAAUGGAUGAAAAAUCUUAUCAAUGA